CUAGGAGAUUAUCGCAUUUUUGUACCAGGACCAAAGUACACUUUCCUUCCUCUUUCAUGGCGCACUUUCCGUAACUAUCGAAAUGUAUUAUUUCAAUCUGAUCGUACGAAUAUCACCUUAAUAUUCUUGGUUUCAAACCAACCGGAAGCUAGAUCUCGUUCUGGUGUCGUGAUGCUGAUGAGAAGGGCCGGCAGAGAAGUAUUCAUACAUUUUAGGAGGACACCUGAAUGGCCGAAAGCAAUGAGUGCGACGAGAAUGGAAAAUCCCAUCGAAAAUGCUAUUCGAGCCGGGCUUUCGCAAGAGCUGUCGCCCGUACAUCUGGAGGUGGUGAAUGAAUCGUAUAUGCACAACGUUCCGAAAGGCUCCGAAACGCACUUCAAAGUGUUGGUUGUAUCACCGCAGUUCGAAGGAUUGCCCCUGAUUAAGCGGCACCGGUUGGUAAAUGAUAUUGUGAAAACUCAGCUGGCGGGCGAUUUCGUGCACGCGCUAUCGAUUGUCGCCAAAACGCCGCAACAGUGGGAUCCCAAUUAUACCCUGGAACCCAGCCCCAACUGCAAGGGUGGUUUCGGCAAGUGAGAUGAUCUGUUGACGACCGCUUAGUGAUAAUAUAAACUGAAUAGAUCCGAACCUGA